CCAGCUCAGACGCCGAAGAACUCAUGGGGGACACUGGACGCGGGCAAUCGGCCACUUCAGGGAGCGAGGAGCGACCUGUCGCCGUCCCCACGCCGUCAAAACGCACACCAGUCGAUUCAGUAAUAUCUGGUGCUUCUAACACGCCGUCCAUCGCCUCCAACAGCGCUGCACAAGUCUCAGAAUCGGCCUCUAGCCUCGAGGAUGCCCUCGCCGCCGAUUCUUCGGCUUCUCAGCGGCCCCCGCGGCCAGAAAAACCACGCCAACCGUUAUAUACGCCGCCAAGCAGCUCAUCCGACCGCAAGCGCCGCAAAAACGGCGCGUAUCGAAGCUCUAGCGGCGGUGACACACCAGUCCAGACGCCGCCCGAUGUCCCAGCGAUACCCUCGGCGCCACUGGAGCCUGAGCGACCGUUGCUGUCGGACUCGCAGUGGGAGAAAGAUAUUGCAGGCUUUGGCACGGUGCUUAACGACGUGCUGCAUUGCGUGACGAACCGCCAACUGGUGACCAAGACGGCCGAAUACAUGGCCACGUUCCCGCAACACGCGCUGCGCUUCCAGAUCAAGAUGAAGCAGCGAGCUUAUGCUGAAGGCGCGAGAGGAUUCCAGGCCAAACUCAUGCUGUUCUACGUUUUGCACGAGUUCCUGAAGACCUUUGAAGGCGAGCGACUGCAGCAGAUACAACGAGAAUGGUUCCAGACCAUCGACGAGGUGCUCAACGCCUGUGCAAGGGAGAUCCGCUACGGCGACAAGCGCAACGCCGAGGAGAACCGUAAAAGGGUGUUCAAGACUCUGGCCCGGUGGGAAGAACUGAAGCUUUAUCCAAGGAAGAUCAAGGCCUGGAAGGGUCUCGUGAUGGGAGAGUGCAAGCCUCGAAGGGCUCCCGUGCCGCUGCCUCGCAGCGAAUCGGAACGACAGGCCGAGGCUCCUGACCAGCUUCAGUCGUUCGAACUGCCGCCUCCAAGUACUCCACAGCUGCAACUCGAUCGGUCCAACUGCCCGCUGGUCUUCGAGCGCCACAACUUCGACAGCAAACCGGAGGAGAAGCAGCACUGGCGCUACACCGCGAUUGCCUUUAUCGACAUCCUGUCGCAGUGUCUUGGACUGAGCAGCGACAUUGCGCUCACUGCCUGCAUCUUCUUCCAUCGCGUCUUCGAUCGCGGCAUCUACGCUCGAGAGCGCUACAAAUUCGCCGCAGCUUGUCUUUUCCUCUCGGCCAAGGCGUCCAGCAAGCGGAUGAAGUUGCUGCGUAUGGUGCGAGUCAUGUACGACAUCUUGGAGACGCCGCUGUUUGCUGGCGACGAGGAGCUGCUGGAGAUCGAGCGGGUGCAGCUGCUCUACUACGAGAUGGAAGUGCUCCAGGGAAUUAACUUUGAGCUGACAACGGAGAUGCCCUUCUACUAUCUCCGUCGAGUGCUCGAGAAGAUGCCGGAGAAAUUCCGAGACUCCAUUAAAGAAGAUGCGCAGACAGCUCUCGAGGAAUUAUUUUUCCUGCCAGUUUGUGUGGAUAUUUCUCCGCAGCUGCUUGGUGAGGCAGCGGCGUACAUCGCGACGUGGAACAAAGGCAAAGACUUCAAGUUUAAGUGGUGCAGUCCGAGCGUAGAAGGACGCACUUUCAACGAGCGGACAGCAAGGGAUGCACUGCGAAGCUACCGAGUACUUCUGAGAUGGAAAAAGAGUCAACAGGCAGAAUUUGAUGCGCUGGUCAAGUCAGCAAGUGACUUAGAAGGCGACGAGGCUGCGAAAUUGAAGCUGGCAUUCAACCCCCAACUGGGAGGUCUACGACUGGAUCCCUCGAGUAUCCUGAACGAGGCGGAAUUUACCAAAAAGACGGAGGAGGACUCGAAAGAAUGGGCGAAAAGUGGCAAGAAGAAUGGCAGUGACAGUCGGUCGAGACGCGGAAUCAAUUCAAGAUCGUACAGAGAUGGCAACGAGCCACGUAUCAAGGUGGAAACAACGCAAGUUGGCGGCCGUGCUGAAGACUAUCGAUACAGUCGCGACUACGAACGGCGCAGUCGGAGUCGCAGUCGCAGUGGUAGCGACUCUCGCUAUGGAAGGGGGAGAGAAGCGACGGUCAAGUAUGAGCGAGACGAGAGCCGACCGCGUAGUGGAGAUCGUCGCGAUCGAUACGACUACGAGGACUACGGGUCGAGUGAUCGGUAUCGGGAACGCAGACGGGGAGACGACAAGUACGGCUCCUCUCGAGACAGAUCUUCCAACUACGACAAAGAAGAACGGAGCUACGAGCGUCACAGCGCUCGAGACGUCGACUACUACCGCGAUCCGUCCUACUUCGACCGUCGGGAGCGUAAAUCCGAUCGCAGCGGCCAUCGUGAACGCGCCAGUCGCAGCAACAGCCGAAGCACAAGUCGAUCUCGAAGUCCCCGGGAGUCCUCAAGGAGCAGGAAGCGUAAACGAAACUACAGCAGCCGUGGUCGCUCGGACAGUCGGAGCCGCAGCUCGAGUCGAAGCCGCAGCCGAGACCGCAGCCACUACUACCGAGCAGAGGAUCCGUCUCCGUCGUCUUCUAGGAGUGGGAGAACGAACAAGAAGAACAAAUACGGCACCGCUCGCUCCAGUUACCGGGACUCGGAGCGACCUCGCAUCAAGCAAGAGCGAAGCGCAGCGUAG